CUUGAGGGCGGGGUGAAGCAAGGCGGAAGUUAUCUUACGGAGGAAAAAAAAUAAUAAUAAUAACAAUCCAAGUUUAAAGUGUUUGCCAGUUCGUGCUGGUGAAGAAAGCCGCUUCUGAGUAACUGCUGAGCUCUGCUGAAGGCCGGCGCGGCCCUGCUUCACCUGGAUCUUGCUAUACAGCUGGACCGGCCGGCGCGGCCCUCGAACGGGAGCAAACAAACCGCCGCACCGGUCCUCCUCCUCCCUGCCGAUCCGUCCAGCGACCCCCCCCCCCCCCUCGACCUCACUACCUUGACUACCUAAGCGUUUGUUCGCUCGCUGCCUCCUCUGUCCCUAACCCCCCUCCCCUUUGGUUUGGUCGCAUUUUUCUCACGGACGGGUUGCAGAGCUGUAGUUCCGCUGAAGGCUACGGCCGCCCGGAGCUCGACCUGCGCAGAGGCCCCGAGUGCGGUGCGGCCGAGGAGUAGGAGGAGAAGGAAGAAAGUGGACGGGUGGCCAGCCGUUACCGCCCGGAGGUCCCAAGUCAGUCAUCCCAGUGAGCGGAAGAAACCUCGUGGCCCCCCUGCUUCACAAUGGGCAAAGAAGUGAACGGCGUGUCGAGGAGCAGGUUUGAGAUGUUCUCUAACAGCGACGAGGCAGUCAUCAAUAAGAAGCUGCCUAAGGAGCUGCUGCUGCGAAUCUUCUCAUUCCUGGAUGUGGUGACGCUGUGCCGCUGUGCCCAAGUCUCACGGGCAUGGAAUGUGCUGGCACUGGAUGGUAGCAACUGGCAGCGGAUUGACCUUUUUGACUUUCAGAGAGACAUUGAGGGUCGUGUCGUGGAGAACAUCUCAAAGCGAUGUGGAGGCUUCCUGAGAAAGCUCAGUCUAAGGGGUUGCCUUGGCGUUGGCGACAGCGCGCUCCGGACCUUCUCUCAGAACUGCAGAAACAUCGAGGUCCUCAGUCUGAAUGGCUGCACCAAAAUUACAGACACCACUUGCUCCAGCCUCAGUAAAUUCUGUCCCAAACUGAAGCAACUGGACCUGGCGUCCUGCACCUCCAUAACCAACCUGUCCCUGAAGGCACUCAGCGAGGGAUGCCCUCUACUGGAGCAGCUCAACAUCUCUUGGUGUGACCAGGUGACCAAGGAUGGAAUCCAGGCUCUAGUCCGAUGUUGCCCGGGGGUCCGAUCUCUCUUCCUGAAAGGCUGCAGUCAGCUGGAGGAUGAAGCCCUCAAGCACAUCGGAGCCCACUGUUCAGAGCUAAUCACCCUGAAUCUUCAGGCCUGCACUCAAAUCACAGAUGAGGGACUCAUCACCAUAUGUCGAGGAUGUCACCGCCUUCAGUCCCUCUGUGUUUCUGGCUGUGCCAACAUUACUGAUGCCAUUUUACACGCCCUGGGCCAGAACUGUCCAAGGUUACGGAUUCUGGAGGUGGCCCGCUGCUCCCAGCUCUCGGAUGCUGGCUUUACCACUUUGGCCAAGAAUUGUCAUGAACUGGAGAAGAUGGACCUAGAAGAGUGUGUCCAGAUUACAGAUGCCACCCUCAUCCAGCUGUCCAUACACUGCCCACGGCUGCAGGUGCUGAGCCUGUCCCAUUGUGAGCUCAUCACCGAUGACGGGAUUCGCCACUUGGGGAGCGGACCAUGUGCCCACGACCGCCUUGAGGUCAUCGAGCUGGACAACUGUCCCCUCAUUACAGAUGCUUCACUGGAGCACCUGAAGGGUUGCCACAGCCUGGAGAGGAUCGAGUUGUACGACUGCCAGCAGAUCACCCGUGCCGGUAUCAAGAGACUCAGGACACAUCUCCCCAAUAUCAAAGUCCACGCUUACUUUGCACCAGUGACCCCGCCACCCUCUGUGGGGGGCAGCCGACAGCGUUUCUGCCGUUGCUGCAUCCUGCUAUGAUGCUGGAAAAAGCACCUUGAACCGUGGAGGUCUAUAAAUAUUGUAUAGCUGUGCAACAUUGAACCAGAGAGCGACCCAGAGACUUGUCUGCAGAUCUGCGUCACGCUGCUCACCCUCUUGCUGUCUGACAGAUCAGCCCUCUUGGGAAACAGUGUGGCGUCCCCUGCAGGUUAGAGUGCGCAAUGAAACCUGCCCUUCCACCAUACCCCAAACCCCCACCUUGACCCAUCUUCAGUUGACCACCAGGUGGCACCGCCUGUCUUCUCUGCUGCUCACUGUCAUCUGGCUGAGUCGUCCCACCCAUCUUCUGAUAAUCCAUAUAUUUUUAUAAAAAGAUUUAAGGACAAGAAUUUUGCAUGCAAUGAUCCAAAAUUUUAUAUAUAAAUGUGUAAAGCAAGCGCAGGUGUCAGAGGACCCUUCAGUUUAGGGUCGGGGUGGGGGAGGGAAUUGGUCACUCGUACGAGGUUCAAGUGGCCAGGGGUCUCGAUUCCAUGCAACCAUUAGCCUGAGCUGAACUGGCACGAGUCCCACCAGGUGCCCAACAGCAGUGGCGUGUGUUUUUAGUAGGAAGGACUGGGCUUCACUGUGGCAGUUUAGCUGCUCAGAUUGGUAAGUUGGUGACCAGGACAGGUCGGCCUUCAUUAGGUGUAAUAAGCCAGCAGAGCUCAGUAUUAAUUACCCGGUAGCUGAGGCUAGGGGGUCGUCUUUCCCCAUACUGCGUCAAGAGAUGUUGGAGUUAUCCAAAAAAAAAAAAGUUAUAAACUGUUGUAAACACAAAGAAGAAUAAAAUGG